UGUAAAAUACACCCCGUCAGGUAAUCCAUGUACUUUUUGGCAGAGCCGUAGAUUCGAGUUCGGACAACUAGGGAAUCGAGUGGUCUGGGCGGUCACGUGGUUCGCGGACGCCAUUUUGCUGACCAUCCUUCAUGAAAUCCCCAUUAUAACUGUGAAGUAACUAGAGAAAAAUAAUAAUAGACUAGUGAAAAUUGGUACAAUAUGCCCAACUGUGCCGCUUAUGGCUGCAGUGUAAGACCGGGAAGAGGGAAACGGAUGCACAAUUUCCCCCGUGACCCCAUAAGAAGGAAAUUAUGGGAGCAGAAAGUCAGAAGAAAAAACUGGAAGGCAAAUAACUACUCCAUAUUGUGCGAGGACCACUUCGAUGAAACCCAGUAUGAGAAUGGCAGAGUGGACGGCCUGAGGAGGCUCAAGCCGAAUGCUCUCCCAACGCACUUCGUCUUCACGACACCAAAGCGCCACAGCAGACCCACCAAGCAAAGUAGGACAGAAGAUGAACCGUGUGUUGGUGGACAGCAACACAUACAACACACACAACGCAUACAACUCGACCAUGCCUAUUAUUCUACACCCUGUUCUGCAUCCCUUGAAGUUAAAACAGAAAUCGAAGUUGGCCAUGAAGAGUUUGAUCGGACGAACAACGCCUACACUGGUGGGACUGUGAGCGAGGAGAUGGUCAUCACCAAGACGAUCAGCGGCGAGACGGUCAGCGAAGAGACAGCGGGCAGGGAGAAUGUCAGCGGGGAAACUGCAAGCGUGGAAGAACAACUGAACGGCUUGAAAAACAAAGUGUUAUCACUCCAGCGGGCUCUUGUGAAAGAAAGGAAAGAGAAGUGGAAGAUCAUCAGGCAGAGAAAACGACUCGAAGCAAAUGUUUCAGGAGUCUUCAACACAAAUCAGCUUUACAAACUUAGCCAAGCAAGUACACGGGGGACAAAAUGGUCAGCUGACUCAAUCAAAAAAGGUCUUCAAUUAAUGUUGGCAUGUGGUCCUACUGGAUACAACUUGCUUCUGGCCCAAAAUCAACCUCUGCCAUCAGCUAGAUCACUACAAAGAAGAUUGCACAUUGUUAGGGAAGAAGGUUGUUGAGAAAUUCACUUUAUGAUCAAAGAACGUCACCUUCAAGCAUGUAAAGAUGUUACAUGACUUUCAGAAAGAUAAAGACCUGAAGCUUGCACCCAAACUUACAGAAACACACUUAGGUAAAAUGAAAGUUUGUAAUGCCCUAAACUUUAGUGAGUUCUGCACUGCACUACUAGGUCGAUUCUGAAGGAUUUGAUCCAGACCUCCUUACCACAGC